UUCAACUUCAACCCACCCAAGCCUCUCUCUCUCUCUCUCUCUCUUAUAGUUCCUUUUGCACUCUCUACACUUUAACUUAGCAAAACCCAUGUGAUUCUCACUGACACUUUCUACUCUCUGAGAGUCUCUCUCUCUAUAUCUAUAUAUCUAUAUACCUAAAAAAACAGCAAUAGCAAACCCAAAAAACUUCCCUCCAAAUCCAAUCCUUCACUUCUAUUCCCCGUGAAGCCUCUCUCUCUCUCUCCAAUUCCACCCAAUAUAUAAACCCAACAAAACCAAAUUAAAAAAACCCACACCCCCAUUUCCAAUCCUCCCACACAAACCGCAAACUUCACUGCACUGCGCAGACAGAAACACAAUAUGAUCACUCAAAUACUUUUCAUUCUCAUCAUAUCAUUCUCGAGUUUCGAGCCACCUGCAGCCAAUGCCCACGACUACCAAGACGCGCUAUCCAAAGCGGUCUUGUUUUUCGAGGGGCAGCGGUCGGGCGUUCUGCCCCAAUACCAACGAAUGAAGUGGCGGGACAACUCGGGUCUGAGCGACGGUUGGACUUACAACGUCGAUUUGACGGGCGGUUACUACGAUGCCGGUGACAACAUCAAGUUUGGAUUCCCAAUGUCUUUCACAACAACAAUGUUGGCUUGGAGUGUGAUUGAGUUUGGGGACUCAAUGCCGCCAGCUGAGUUGAGGAAUUCUAUGGUGGCUAUUCGAUGGGCUUCGGAUUACUUGCUCAAAACCGUUUCACAGCUCCCUAACCGAAUUUUUGUGCAGGUUGGUGACCCCAUAAAUGACCACAAUUGCUGGGAGAGACCAGAAGAUAUGGACACAGCCCGAACGGUCUACGCCGUGGACGCCCCGAAGCCCGCAUCAGACGUUGCUGGCGAGACCGCGGCGGCUCUGGCAGCGUGUUCGAUGGCGUUUAGGGCUUAUGACCCGGGUUACUCGGAAACACUCAUAAGAAAUGCUGUGAAGGCCUUUGAGUAUGCUGAUACUUAUAGAGGAGCUUAUAGUGAUAAUUCUGAUAUUAGGGAUGGUGUGUGCCCUUUUUAUUGUGACUUUAGUGGUUAUCAGGAUGAAUUAUUGUGGGGGGCAGCAUGGCUGAGGAGGGCGACUGAGGAGGGUUCGUUCUUAGAUUACAUACAAAACAAUGGAAAAACACUUGGUGCUGAAGAUAAUAUCAAUGAGUUUGGAUGGGACAAUAAACAUGCUGGUCUAAAUGUUCUAGUCUCAAAGGAAGUACUAGAAGGCAACAUGUACAAUCUUGAAUCGUACAAAGCCUCGGCAGACAGCUUCAUGUGCACCUUAGUUCCGGAGUCAUCAUCCUCACACAUUGAGUACACACCCGGUGGCCUCAUAUACAAGCCCGGUGGCAGCAAUUUGCAACACUCAACCACAAUCACAUUUCUCAUGCUUGUCUAUGCCAACUACUUGGCCAAAACAUCCCAAACCCUAAAUUGUGGUAACAUAAACGUUAGCCCGACUUGGCUUCGCCAACAAGCCAAAAAACAAGUCGAUUACAUUUUAGGCGACAACCCUAUGAGUAUGUCCUACAUGGUAGGGUACAGCGACCGAUACCCUAAAAGGAUCCAUCACCGAGGCUCAUCUUUGCCCUCGGUGAAGGAACAUCCUCAGGCUAUUGCCUGUAAGGAAGGCUCAACUUACUUCAAUUCGUCUGAUGCUAAUCCUAAUGUGUUGGUUGGAGCUAUAGUAGGGGGUCCGGGGAAGGAUGAUGUGUAUGAGGACGAUCGCGCUGAUUUUAGGAAGUCCGAGCCUACAACUUAUAUCAAUGCCCCAUUUGUUGGGGCCCUUGCAUAUUUUGUGGCUAAUCCAAACCCCUAAUUUUCUUUUUUGGGCACCAAGAUAUAUUAUGGUUGGUGUGGCCAAAAUUAAGUAUACAACUAAUUUUUGUGUAUAGUACCAAUAACUUCAUACACAUGAAGAUAGGGAAAAGAUAAAUGUCUCUCAUCUUGGUUGGAGGCAAGAGAGAAGAGGCUUUAAUUGUUGAAAUUACACCCAUAUAUAAAUAUUUAUAUAUUUAUAGGUUUUUCUUGUCAUAAAAACUUGUGACAUUUUCAUAUUGAUGAAAAAAAAAAUCCCCAUUAGGGACAACUCAGUGGCACUGAGUUUUUUUUUUUAAUUAUUUUAAUUUUAUUUUGGUCUAUAUAUUAUAAGACGAAUAAUGAAGAGCUUUCUAAUGAGAAAUCCAAGAGCAUGAUGUGGUCAGUUUGUUGGUUUUGUAAUUAUAUAAAUGGAAUAUAUAUAAGAAUUAUCAACUUUUGUU